GUUUGGUGGGGUUGGGGACAGCGGCUGCGCGCAACUGGAAGGUGCGGCCCCGAAUGCUGGAGACCGAGACCAGGACAGGGACAGGGAGAGCUGAGCCGAAGCUGUGUGCUGAGUUUCUGGACACAUCAGCUUGGAGAACUCGGAGCAGCUGGUGUACUGAUGUAACCUGUUAGUUCCUGUCGACUGACGCAGGUGCCCUUUCUGAGGCCCAUGCAGUACUGGCACCAACAUGUUGUUCUCGCUGCGUGAGUUGGUACAGUGGCUGGGAUUUGCCACAUUUGAAAUGCUGCUGCACCUGGUUGCCUUCCUGGUGUUCUCUGUGCUGCUUGCUGUGAAGGUGGACAAUUUUGCGCGGUGGCUGGAUUGGUGGUAUGUUUUCAUCCCGCUCUUCACUGCCGAUGGGCUUAGCACCUACUUCACCGUGAUCGUAUCCAUCCGCCUGUUCCAGGACGGGGAAAUGCGUUUGGCCGUCAUGCGGUUCUUCUGGAUCCUGACUGUCCUCAGCCUCAAGUUUGUAUUUGAGAUGCUGUUGUGUCAGAAGCUGGAGGGGCAGAGCUCUCAGCUGUGGUAUGGCCUCAUCAUGUCGCCGGUCUUCAUUCUCCUCCAACUGUUGAUGAUUCGAGCUUGCAGAGUCAACUGAGCCCUGAAACCUCUCACCCCAGGCUUCCUGUUCAAGCUGUUGGAUUACCAGAUACAGGCAUUCCUGUGAAUAUUGGGGUUUUGGGGGGGAGGCUGGGUAAAUUCAGUUUAGUGAGCAUUCUUGUCUUGGCGCUGUCAUGCUGUGCUGAGUUUUCAUGAAGCAGCUGUGAAGUGCAACAUGACCAACCUUUGAACUCUAUGGCUGGCUUCCGUGGGUGGAAACAUGAAGCGCUCAGCGAGAAAACAAAAGUGGGAAGCAGGAGGUUCUGUGUUCACUACUAAUGUUCAGCUCUGGUGGUGGGGACCAGCAUGGGGUAGUGGCCAGAUUCUGCCCUGCUGCUCUGAAAUCAAGGCCCAUAGAGAAGAAGGGUUCAGUGACCCCCUCACGACUCUGACCAUUCUCCCAGCUAGACAUCUUAAUGUGUUGGACAAACGGCUGUUCACACAGGUUGACAUUUACUGUUACUCAGGAGUUCUGUUCGGGCAGUAUUUAUUCAAAUUGUCCAAAGCGUGUGAUAUUGUCGAGUUUCUGAGUCCUGCAAUUCUUGGGGAAAAUUUGUGCAGAUGAUUAUUGAGAUAAGCAAAGAUCAACUGUUGAUGGCUAGUAAUAUUCUUUUUGGACCAGACAUGAUGCAAGGAUUCAGUAAUCAAAGUCACAGUUACAAUCAUGUUUAAAAAUUAGCUUCACUUCCUCUGUGCUUCUGCUUCUCCAAAUUGUUAGCCCAAUCCCAAGCAGCACCCGAUAGAAGAUCACCUGGCUGGACACCAGGACCAUAUACUGAAAUAUUUUACAAACAAACAAUCUUAAACAGAGAUUGAGUUUCAGACUUGGUUUUUGACUUUUUUCAAAUAAUUAACAUUAAUUGAGGUUUUAUAUGUUUAAAAGAAUGGCAUUAGACAUCCUUGUGCUAGAUUUUUGGGGGUACCAUGAAUUCUGUGUUCUGCAGUUUGUGACUGGACCAUGCCUGUGAAACCGGCUGUAAAACUCAACUUAUGCAGAUCUGCAUUAAAGAAAUCUGUUCUUGGA